CUCGACCUCCCGGGAAGGCCUCCGCCGGACAGUUCGAUUGCUACUGACAGCGAGCCAGCGAUUCCAGAGGGACGACUCUUUGCGGAAAUAUAGAUCUCAAAAGAAACCACCAUGGCUCGCGACAUAGUUAAAGCGGCCAAGUCGGCAUCAAAUGUGAUAGCUGUUCACAAGAAAUACACUGUUCAGUCGACUGGCGUAUGGGAGCGUAUCCGUCGCCUUCUGUCCAUUGAUCCUAGUCGCUCUACUGGCGUUCCAUUGAACUCCCAAUUCCGCCUGCCGGCUCCAGGAUCUCUUCCACCUCUGUCCUAUGACGACCCUAUCACAGUUCCAGCGGGUGACAUCGCCGAUAACCCUUACUGGAAGCGCGAUGCUCGGAGAAACUAUCCUAGACUCAGUACGGUGAAUCAGGCCGACGUUGUUGGUCUUCUUACCGUAGGCAGUGAGGCAGCACCAAAGGAAGUUUUGGAGCUUGGUGAAGCAGGUAAAAGACAGCUGGUAUCGGUCAAGCAACAGGGAGAGGAGCGCGGCCUUGCCGGGCUUUUCGGGAAAGAUAAGGAGGGGGCUAGAGGUGUCUUGAAUGCAAAUGGUUUGCCACCCUUGCCUUGCAGCUUGAAUUCUUCGGCUUCCAAAUACCAGCUGGAUCAUCAGCAUGGCUAUCCUGGAGUGUAUCCCUGUCGCACUUUUGUUUGAUUAUAUAGAAGUAGACAUGCAAUCACUAUUUAUCAGCAUCUGUCUCC